UUUGCAAAAACUGGUGCAGCACAUGUAGUAUUCUAUAUGUUAAUGUGAGAGACGUUAAAAUUUUUCCAAAAUGGUAUUAAUGACUAUGAUAGCACGGGUCGUCGACGGCCUGCCUCUAGCCGCUACGAUGCAAGAAGACGAACAGAGCGGCUGCAAUAUUCUGGAGUACCAGAACCAGGCCAAAAUGCUGUUUAGGAAGCUAGGCCCUCAAUCGCCCAUCCGGUGUUCCAUUGAAACUGGACCUUACCUAUUCCAUUAUUUAAUUGAGAACGAGAUCUGCUACCUAGUGCUUUGUGAGAGAAACUAUAGCAAAAGGCUAGCAUUCAGCUAUUUAGAGGAAAUUGCACAAGAAUUUUAUCAACAGUACGGUAAACGGGUGAACACAGUAACUCGUCCCUACACUUUCAUUGAGUUCGACACGUGGAUGCAGCGCGCACGGAAGCAGUACGCGGAGGGCGGCGCGCGGGCACGGCGCGCCGGCGCCUCCGCUCAACUUAGUGGACAACUCGGAGAUGUGCAGCGCAUCAUGAUGCAAAACAUUGAUGAUGUGUUGCAGAGAGGGGCCAUUUUGUCUGAACUGGACACGAAGACUCAAAACCUAUCUAUGAUGUCGCAAAAGUACAAGAAGGAUGCGACAUACCUCAACACCAAAUCAAUGUUGGUGAAGGUCACUGCAGGUGCUGUCAUACUGCUUGUUAUUGUGCUCUACUUCUGGGUUCUUUAAGACAGCUGCAUUGCUGUCAAUGCACUUACGAUCUGUACUAUUUGCUUGUCUACACUGUCCAAUAUCCUUUAUGUGACUUGCAGAUUGAGUUCCUUGUUCAUUCCUAUACUAUUUUAAAUGUGGGCUUUAAAUCUCAGAAUAUUGGAAAUGAAACUAUUUUUUUAGAGCAGUAGAGCUCCUUGUGGUGGGGUUCGUCCAGGGAAGUGCUGCCAACCGUACCUAUUUCUGCCGCCAA